AUGGGUUUGCCGCCUCUUGACUCGGACAUUAAGUUAUUAUCAAUCAAAAGAGACAUCAGACACUCAGGCACUUCUUCGAUUUAUGAGAUCAAUCUUGGCAGCAACCGCUAUGCAAUGAAACUGUUCCACGAUGAGAAUGGAGAUCCAGGAUUUGCAGACAACGGCAGGGAUUUGAAUCGGUUUCGUUGUGAAUAUAACGCCUAUACCAACUUGCUAAAUUUCGAUGUAUGCGAAAGCGGGCUCGUCCCACGUUGCUAUGGGUAUAUCGAUCGCCUCGAUCCAUCCUCUUUUCGCCCGCACCUCGACCAUUUCUUAACCGAUGAAAUGCAUCCGAGAGCUAUCAUACUCGAGUACUUAGAAGGUGCCGAAGAAUUAAACUGUGUUAACUAUUCCGAAGAGCGUCUGCAAUUGGCCAUCCAAGGGAUGAAGGAAAUCCAUCGCGCUCUUAUCAAUCACCAUGAUGUUUAUCCGAAAAAUAUCCUUAUUACACAAGAUUCGAUGGGACGGAAAGGACAGUUGGAAUGCGAGCAUGAAGCCAAGCUGCUUGCUAGCUUUGGAGAAAUACUGCGCGAGGAUCAAAAGCAGGGUUUGCCUCCGAAUACAAAAUUUUAUUAG